CCCCCGCGGGGCGGGCCCGCAGGGCCGCCCGCUCCCCGCGGCUGCCAGCGGCCGCAGCGCGGCCAGGCGCGGAGCGGAGGCGCCCGCGGAAGAUGAUGGCUGCGGCGGCACCGCCCGCCCCCGCGGUGUCGGGUCCGCUGGCCGUGCUGGAUCCCACAGGACAAUUUGCAAAAAGGAAGAAGACUUCGCUUUGGUUCACAGUCUCGCUGCUGGUAGUGUCUUUUUUCAUACUGACCAUAGGUCUGGCAGCUACCACAAGAACAGAAAAUGUGACCGUGGGAGGCUACUACCCAGGCAUCGUUCUUGGCUUUGGAUCUUUCCUAGGGAUUGUUGGCAUCCACCUGGUAGAGAACAGAAGACAAAUGUUAGUAGCAUCCAUCGUGUUUAUCAGCUUUGGCGUGGUGGCAGCAUUCUGUUGUGCGAUAGUUGAUGGAGUGUUUGCAGCACGACACGUAGAACCCAGACCUUUAUAUAACAAAAGGUGCCAGUUUUAUUCAAGUGGAACAGGAUUCCUGUAUGAUGCCUACCAGACAGAGGUAACAUGUUAUACCUUAAACAGCAAAUGCCAGCUGAAAGUAAAGAGUAACACGUGCUAUUGCUGUGACCUGUACAACUGUGAGAACCAGAAGGAUCUGAUCACACCAGGGCCCCACUCCUCCAAGGAAGGGCACACGGGGGUGGGCCAUGUCACUGGCCCCGAACCUGUACCUCUGUCCCAAAUCGCUUUCAGUGCCGCACCUCCUCCUCAGAUCCUGUACAAUCCUGCUCAACAGAUCCUGACAUACGCUGGGUUCUGUCCUUCUGCAGCAACUAUUUCUACAUAUCCAUCCUACCCAUUACCUCUUCAGCCUGCCAGCAAUUUUCCAGGAACAUCAUCUACUGACGUUUCUCUAUCAGAAGAAACUCAGCCGCCAUCUCAGUCCAGCUCCAGCUAUGGUCUUCCCCCCAAUGCCCCAGCCCUCUAUACACCGACUUACUUCUUGCCUGGAGAAAAGCCUCCACCAUACGCACCAUAGAACAAAAGCAUUUAUUUUAGGUAGCUGGUAGGCUUUUAUUUUGUUUUAAGAAAUCUCUGGAAACUGUGCUGGGCAGGCACUAGACUUCCCAAGGAACCCAGCAGAGAGCAUGUUACAGCCACUGUGCUUUUACCCAUGUCUCACUGUGAGCAGUGGGGGACCCUGGAAAUGUAAUGGCAGGCACAAUCACCAGCGGGGUGAACAGUCACCACACAGUUUGCCUGCAGUCAAAUGCAGUGUUACUUUCCAGCUACCACUAGAGACAUUCCAGGCCAUGCUGGACAGGGCUCUGAGCAAAGUGAUCUAGUUGCAGAUGUCCCUGCUCGUUGCAGGGGGUUGGACUAGAUGAGCUUUGAAGGUCCCUUCCAACAGAAACUAUUCUAUGGUUCUACCGUAAGCACGAGAUGCUUCCUUCUUGGUACACUGCAGAGUGAAUUUUCUUUAAGAGGAGAUAUGAAGAAAAUACGCUUAAAACGUGUUCUGCUUUCAUAAACCACUAUAGAGGGGUUCGAGUCUGUGUUGUCUGAGUGGGUAGUAAGUAGGUCUCCAGGUCAGUUACUUUGGGUAGCAAGAGAGCAGGUGUUUGUUUGCUUGUAGUAUUUAUUUAAUAACCCUUUUUGGUGGAAGUGUGGUAUCAAUAAAAAAAGUGUGGCAAUUAUUUUACAAUAAAAUUGACUGUGUAUAUUUGUACUGUA